UUCCAUUCACUCAGACACAACAUGACCUGCUUCAGGUUUAUAGAGCUCCUGCUUUUCCUCCUCUUCAGCAAUGUCUACAGUGAGGAGUCAGAACCCAUUUUCAAGGCAGAGCGCGAAGUUAUCCAGCUGGGUAAUUGUUUCGCAAUGGAUUAUAUUGUUGUUUAUAGAUCUGCUUCAGAGGGAGACCAACUGCUUGGCAACUCUUCAAACAAGAACAUGCCCAACACACCACCUGCAGACCUACAGGGUCGUACCCACAUCAGUGACGAUCCCAACCUGCUCGGGUUUCAAAUCAGUAACCUCACUCACUUGGACUCUGGGAUUUAUAGGAGGGAAUGUUGGAAGAACCAGACGAUAAUCAACCAGAAGACACAGCAGCUCACUGUAUGUAAGGAGCAGAUUGAAUCUGAAGACAUAAUUGUAAGUAAAGACGGUAAAGGGACUGAGAUCUUGUGCAAUAACAAUGCUAUUGGCUCUGAGGGAACAUCUGUACGCUGGUACCAUGAAAUGUAUCCGUCUUAUGAGCCCACACUCUUCCUGGAUAGCAGUGUUUCCCUGAAGCCUCUGGUGAAGGAGCUUGCAGGUGUGGUAGAUGUAAGAGACAACGGUGCAUUGCUCGUGUUCAACAACAUGUUACAGAAAACCACACACUUUAAGUGUGUUGUGAUGAAAGGUGUCAACUGUCUUAGUUUCCAAACCAUGCACCCACCAGAUGAGAGUGAAAGCAAGGACGUUUUUGUCUCACUGGGGGACAGAGUGCUUCUAAAUUGUUCUAUUGAUGAGGGUGACCAGGCGUGGGAAACUCCACUGGGAAGAAUUGAUAGUAACACGAGGGGCAGUCCAAUUUACAUAUCAGCUGAUGACUUCUCACUGGUUAUACCUGCCAUCUCUGCAGACUACAUUGGAGACUAUUCAUGCAUCUCCCUCUCACGUGAGAUGCAUUAUGCAUUGUUUCUUUGCCCCAAAAACAAACUCCAAGAAAAAGUUGCUGAUGAAGGUGAAAAUGUCUCCCUGAUGUGUGAUUCUGGCCAAGAAGUUUCAGCUAUAGUGCAGUGGCACCGCUAUGGACUUACAGGGCACUAUGAGAUCAUCCACGACUCACAGGACAAAACUGUUCCCAUCCCUAAAGAUCUACGAGGCAGAGUGACUCUAUCUGAGGAUGGGACUUUGCUGACCAUCAACGACCUGAAGGUGUCAGAUGGAGGGAAGUACAUAUGUGCUGUUGUUAAAACCCUGGAUUUCGCAGGGAAUUAUAUGGAUUAUGAUACAGAAUAUGAUGACAAAGGUACCGAAGAAGAUGAAACGGACAAAAAGUGGACAGAGUCUCUGGAAUGUAUUUUCAAACAGGAGAUCACUUUGAAUUUACCCAGCAGUUCUCCACCACCGCAUAUGCCGUAUGUUGUGGUGGCAGUAGUGGUGCUGCUGGUGGUAGCUGGAGUGAUUGUUACAGUGAUAGUAAUAAAGAAAAAAGCAAGGCCUUUGCCACUGCAGAGAGAAGCAACAUUGUAUGUAAAAAUGGAUAUGGAUCCUGGCUGUACUGAGAAGAUGAUUGAUUGAUUGAUUGAUUGAUUGAUUGAUUGAUUGAUUGAUUGAUUGAUUGAUUGAUUGAUUGAUUGAUUAUACUUUAUUCAUCACGAGGAAAAUUUGGUUAAGGCUGUUAGCUGGCUAAGUUAACUCUAUCUGAAUGAUAUUGCUUAAUAGCCUUUGUAAAACAGCUCCAAGGUGGCUUAAUAUCCACCUGACACAUGCUGUGCUGUAGAAUCUGUACAUAAAUCAAAAGUGUUGCUAUUUUCACCUGUUGUCUACCAUGAGAAGACUGUUUUUAGACAUUUUUUUAGUUUAUGCCUUUAUCUUUCCAAUUUCUUCCUAACUAGAAAUGACUAUGGAUAUCACACACCGCAAUCCGAUAAAAUAUCGUUUCUUUCAAACAUAAUUUUCACUUAUGACUGAAAUCAUCAAAGACCCUUUUGAUAGAAAGUCCUCUUCUAGUUUUAAUGCUAAAUCCAAUGUAAAAAAAAUCAAGGCGCUAGUAUAACACAAUAAUAUUGUAGCUAUCUAAUUUUUUAAUUGUCAGAUGACCUGAAAAAUUUAUUGUGGCAGUGAUGUGAUAUCAAACAAUGAAUAAAG